UUGUUGAUUUGUAGGCCUUUACUAAUACGUUAUUAAUUUAUUUGCAAAGAAUUCCUACUGACCUCAUUAUUUUUAAAGAAGAAAGAAAUGAAAAGGGGAUCUCUAUUUAUGAUUGCUUAUUACAUAAUUCACACACAUUGACUACUUUUUAAAUAUGUGUAUUAUUUACAUAAUUUCCCUGUUUGGUUUAUUUAAAACUGAGUAGUAUUUUAAAUUGCUGUAUAUCACAAAUAAAACUUGUGGAAAUCUGAAACUUGCAAAAAAAAAAUUACAUUUUGAAGCAAUCAUAAAUUUAAUCUUCCUUUACUUUCUCUUUCUAUUUGCCAGAAUAAACCUGUCAAGAUUGAAUUAGUUGAAAUAUAGUUCAAAGUUUUAAAAUGUGGGCACCAGAGAGCACUGAGCUACAGCCACCAGUUAUUGAAAAGAUUGGCGAUCCAGAUAAACUCCUUGCUAGAAUUAUAGAAUGCAUCGAGGAAAAAGAUUCCCUGUCACUAAAGACUUACAUACUAGAGCACAAACUGAAAGAGGAGAGUAUUUUCUGGGAUCUGAUCCUGAAAAUUGGAGCAUGUGUAACCUCUGAGAACAAUGAGAGCAAUCAAGGCUUUUUUGACAUUUGCAAUAGAUGUCUGCUUUACUUGGUCAAAGUUGGCAACCCUAAAGAAAUACUGCUGGCACUACUGGAACAAGUGGACAACUUCAUAGAUGAUGUCAAGUUUAGAUGUUUUCUUCCUCUCAUUCAGACAACGCUUCUAAGAAUUCCAACAAAGCUGUUUCAUUCUUUAGACAUCGCCUUGGAAACUGUGUCAGCUCACCUGAGGUCAUUACCUGUGCCUGAAAAUGUACAGUUGGAGGGGGAAGAGAUUAAAUUAUUCCACGCCGAUAAAACUGUAGUUCGUCUGUCUACAAUAUUAGAAUCAUUCCUGGAAUUUCUUGAGCCUUUUAUUAACAGGGUUGAUAUUCUAUCUGAAAACUUUACAAAAACGUCCAGACAGGAAAGCUUAGUUUUGAAGAAACACUUGAUUCGUGUGUUUGAUCAUCCCCUGUGCUACCUUGUUCUGACAUACAACACAGAACAUGACAAGGCCCAGUCAGAUAGUCGACAGUGUGCAGAGCUGGCAGUGAAGCUGCUCUGUAGGCUAGAAACAGAUUUCCACAGGUUUAUUAGGAAUGCAAAGCUUCAGGCAAAACAGGCUAAUAGCCAUGUAAAGAAUAAAUUGCUGGAUGUUGAAGAGUUAGACAAUUUAGAAAAUGAGAGCCUAGCUGCAACGAAUACCACCGAAGAAGACAUUGCAGAUAUUGUAGAGACUUGGGAUUUUAAAAUGGAUAUCACACCUUUAGCUUAUGGGUGUUUAAGUUACCUUAUACAUGCUGAAAACUUGGGGGUAGAUAAGUUUCCUUUUAUCUACAGACACCAGUAUAUGCUGGAAUUUCACCUGGAUACCAUGUCUGUGCUACUGAAGAACACUAACUAUCCCAUUAACUACAAGGGACUUGUUCUCUGUCAGAAGAUGGUUGGGUUAGUGCAGAAUGGUGCAAUGUCUUCAGAAAGUCUGGACAAUCCAGGGUUUAUGCUUGUUAUCAAUGAUUUAAUUGACAUCAUGAUCAAAUGUCCUGUAAGAGAUCACAGGACUUUGGCCACCCACAACUUUCCCAUGUUGAUCAAGAAGUUUGACUGUGGUGGGCGCUACCAAAUCUACCUUAAUAUUCUGUCUUCUUGUUCACAUUCCGGUCUGAAAGGGUAUCUCAUUACCUUUAUAAAAAAUGACAUCAGUGAAACUAUUAAAGAGUUGAAGCAGAUGUCACAGGACCUUAAAUCGUCUUCACUACCUGAGAAGGAAUCAUUCUUUGUUGGCAAAAGGCUGCAUAGAAUUUUGAAACUGGCACUAGCUUUACCAGAGAAAGAAACCACUGAUAUGCUUGAAAACUCCGACCAGAUCAUAUCUUGUCUGAACAUGCUUCGAUUUAUCAUCCUGGCAGAUCCAAAAGCUCUGAAUAGCACUGGGUUUUGGGACUUUUUGCCUCAGAUAGAAAAAGAUUUCCUUGCUCCACUUAGAUUAGGCUUAGAUCUAAGCAAAGCUCAUUACAAGCUUGAACAAGAAAACCUCCAGCAAGGGAAGGACUCUGAUGUUUUUGGUCAUAAGGGCACAGAGUUGUCUUUGUCUGUCAGUGGAAUGAAUUUGCCAGAAAUGAACAAGAAAGAAAAGCUAGAGCUCAUUGGGAAAGCUCUGAAUACACAUUAUGUAAUGCAUAGUCUUGUGUGUCGUGUCUCAGAGCUUGUGGAUUUACACAAAUAAAAACACUUUACUGUUGUUUUGUCAUUUUGCAUUUAUUUGAAGGGGUUUCGCUACAAAUGUUUCUGUUUUGCUUGUGAUUCAUUAUCCUGUUUUGAAAUAACUUUCUUAAGCUAGUAUCCAUUAUAAUAUUACAACCUAUUACUUACAUAAGUAUGAUCAUUUUUAAUAUAAAGAAGGAUGAUAAUAAUUUGUAACUUAAUAAAGAAGUGAAAAUGUAAUAUUGGUACUAGGUUUUAUAAGUUUACAUUGUACAAGUUACUCAAUUUAAGUUGUUAAAAAGUAUUAAACUUCUUUCCUUUGGUCAAUAGGUUUUGUUUUUAU